AUGAGAUAUAUUCCAACAAGAUUGCAGACUGUUGAUGUGCUCACAAAAUCCUUAGCUAAGCCCAAGUUUGAGAAUCUAGCAAGCAAGCUGGGAAUGAUAACCAUCUAUUCACCAGCUAGAGGGAGAGUGUUGGACAAUAAGUAUCAGUAUCUGUGGAACUGCAAAGAUUAUAUUAAGGGGGCAUCACGCAUUAUACUUGCAACUGAUGGAGAUCUACCUGGUCAAGCCUUAGCUGAGGAACUUGCUCGUCGCAUUGGGAAAGAAAGAUGCUGGCGGGUCAAGUGGCCAAAGAAAUCGGGGUCGGUUCAGUUCAAAGAUGCAAAUGAGGUCGUGCCAGGGGAGUUAACUAUAGUAACCGGGGUUCCCAAUUCAGGGAAGAGUGAGUGGAUUGAUGCUCUUCUGUGUAAUGUCACUCGGAUUGCUGGCUGGAAAUUUGCACUUUGCUCUAUGGAGAACAGGGUCAGGGAGCAUGCACGGAAACUUUUAGAAAAGCACUUGAAGAAACCUUUCUUUGAUACACGUUAUGGCGAAUCUGUUGAACGUAUGAGUGUGGAGGAGUUAGAACAGGGGAAGAGCUGGUUAAGUGAUACUUUUCAACUCAUAAGGUGUGAAGGUGAUGCGCUUCCAAGUAUAACUUGGCUUCUUGACCUUGCAAAAAUAGCUGUGCUAAGGCAUGGGGUGCGUGGACUUGUAAUCGAUCCUUAUAAUGAGCUUGACCAUCAGCGCCCUCCAAGCAUGACUGAAACUGAAUAUGUUAGUCAGAUGCUUACCAAAAUCAAACGGUUUGCCCAGCAUCACGGAUGCCAUGUUUGGUUUGUAGCACAUCCUAGACAGUUACAAAAUUGGGUUGGGGGACCUCCUAAUCUCUAUGAUAUAAGUGGAAGUGCACACUUCAUAAAUAAAUGCGACAAUGGAAUUGUUAUUCAUCGAAAUCGAGAUCCAGAAGCUGGGCCUAUGGAUCAAGUACAGGUUUGUGUUCGUAAGGUACGGAAUAAGGUUGCAGGGACAAUAGGCGAUGCCACUUUGUUGUAUAAUGGGGUAACUGGUGAGUUCACCUCUGUUGAUGAAGGGAACAAGCUUCCUCUUGGUAGCUAAAAAAGUAAGCAUUCUCGGAAGAGAUAGCAGGUGGCCAUAUACAUAUUUUGGAUAAACUUGUUCAAUGGAUGGCAUGACAUUAGCAGAUGCUUGGUUCCUUUUUGGGCAUGCUUGGAUCUGAUUGGAAAUGGUGGAUAUCUUCGCAACAAGGAGUAUCAAAUUUGACGGUAAUAUUCUUCAUUGAUGAAGAGUCAUGUGAAAAAUCUUGCUCACUUCAUUUUUCAAACCACAACCCUAUUGGAGAUAUAAAUCUAAUCCUUUGUGUAUAUAGACUUUGUAUUGUCUUGUAAUGGCUCCUUCAUUCCAAUUUUGAUGUUAUUUUAUAUCUGAAAGUUUGGGUUGUAAGAAUAUUUUUACUGAACUAGAUUCUGUCAAAAUGGUCGGCACGUUCAAUUCAAACAUAAAUUCUUUCUGCUCA